AUGCGUUAUAGCUGGCUCAGAGAGCUUCUCAAAGCCAGAAGUUUCUUAGAGGAGCUUGGUUUCAACCACGGCGAUAUGGCUGUCCGAAAUCUUGCUGUGGACUCAACUAACCGUCUCAAAUUGUUUGACUUCGGCUCCGCUACCACAAAGGACCAUUAUGAUUACGCAGCGGACCUCAAAAGAGAUCAUUUCGGUCUGGCUACUUGUAUCCACUAUAUCCUCACCGGAGUUGAACCUUUCGCCGACAUAACCUCUGCUCAAAAAGUCCGGCAUAUCGAAAAUCGACUGCUAGAAGGCCAUGGUCCUAUUGCAGCCGGGGGUGAGAUCUUGAAAGAUGUAAUACAAGCGGGAUGGACCGGACAGGCUGCAUCAAGCACAUUCUGUGAGGUACAAGCACGAGUGGAGGCAGAAAUUGGUGCUCGGGAUGAAGGAAAAUCAACAGAGCCCUCCCAUGAGCAUUACCGACGUCUAGAGUCCCGCUGCGCAGUGUGGCUCAUGUUGGCAAUCCCUGAUCAGAGAUGGAUGAACCCCAGUGACUACUGUAAGGUCUCUAGGGGUAAAGUAUAUGAAGUUGAAAUCGAAAUCUGGCGGUGA